AUGGCGACAGAAUGGAGUGGGCAGGGGUAUAUUCUCACUGUUCUCGUUUUCUUAUGGAUUGGAUUUGGUGAAUAUUCGGGGACAGCGGUUGCCGAGGUCAAUGAGAGACGAAUCUUUGGCAUGCGGCUGCUACACAGCAACAAGGAGGCGACGGUCACAGAGAAGGGGAUCAUCCAGGUAGUCGAGGACUCUCACAUCCUUCUCAGACUCUACGGACUACAGAUCAGUAAUGACACCUGGGCAGAUAUUAAGUUUACGGAAUUCGACGAUGAUGGCGAUGAUGACUUUAACAGGACUUGCGCGCAUUUUACCAAAGAUAUUGUCAUUUGGACUAACAUGACCGCAAAUGUCAAAGGUACAGCCGCGGUACUGAGCCUAAAAAUUAAACAGCUUCGCAAGAACGAGCCAUUCAAGGAAUAUGCUUUGUGUGUCAAAGAACAAGAUGGUAAGUGGUACCUGUUAGGAAAGCCUGACGGUUGGUUACAGGUGGUCGAGGAGAAAGCGAGUUUACUUCCCUUGUGGCUUCAGAUUAUACUCAUAUGCUUCCUCUUGGUUCUGUCUGGCAUGUUCAGUGGGCUGAAUCUUGGGCUUAUGGCUUUGGAUCCAAUGGAGCUCCGAAUCGUUCAAAGUUGUGGUACCGACAAAGAGAGGAAAUAUGCGCGUAAAAUAGAGCCCAUACGAAGGAAAGGAAACUACCUGUUAUGCUCACUUCUUCUCGGAAAUGUGUUAGUCAACACCACGCUAACCAUCCUACUUGAUGACCUCAUAGGGUCAGGUUUUGGUGCUGUGAUUGCCUCCACGAGCGGCAUCGUGGUGUUCGGUGAGAUCGUGCCCCAGGCCCUGUGCUCUCGUCACGGGCUGGCUGUCGGUGCCAAUACCAUCAUGGUCACCAAAUUAUUCAUGUUACUCACAUUCCCGCUUUCGUGGCCCAUCAGCAAAUUACUUGACUGUGUGCUAGGUCAGGAGAUUGGCACAGUCUACAACAGGGAGAAGUUGGUGGAGAUGCUGAAAGUGACAGAGCCAUACAACGACCUAGUGAAAGAGGAGCUUAAUAUGAUCCAGGGUGCUUUGGAGCUUCGGACUAAGACCGUUGAAGAUGUGAUGACCCCUGUAAAUAACUGCUUCAUGAUCAGCAGUGACGCUGUGCUAGACUUCAACACCAUGUCAGAGAUCAUGGAGAGUGGUUACACGCGCAUCCCUGUGUUCGACGACGAAAGGUCUAAUAUCGUAGACAUCCUCUUCGUCAAGGACUUGGCCUUUGUGGACCCCGAUGACUGCACAACCCUCAAAACCAUCACCAAGUUCUAUAACCAUCCGGUGCACUUCGUGUUCCACGAUACCAAGUUGGAUUCCAUGUUGGAAGAGUUCAAAAAAGGUAAAUCUCACCUGGCCAUCGUCCAGAAGGUGAACAGCGAGGGUGAGGGAGAUCCCUUCUAUGAGGUGCUGGGUCUCGUCACACUGGAAGACGUCAUUGAAGAGAUCAUCAAGUCUGAGAUCCUUGACGAGUCCGACCAAUACACCGACAACCGCACCAGGAAGAAAGUGGACCCCAACAACAAGAAUAAGAGGGACUUUUCCGCCUUCAAGCACGAGAGCGAGUCCAAGGUUAAGAUCUCGCCCCAGCUGCUGCUGGCUGCACAUCGCUUCCUUGCCACAGAGGUGGGCCUGUUCAGCCCAGACCAGAUCUCGGAGAAGGUUCUUCUGAGAAUCCUCAAGCACGCAGACGUGAUCCAGGAGAUCAAGUUCAACGAGAAUGAUAAGCGCUCGCUACAGCACUACAUCUACCAGAGGGGCAAAGCUGUCGACUACUUCAUCCUCAUCUUGCAGGGUCGUGUGGAAGUAGAAGCUGGAAAUGAGAACAUGAAGUUUGAGACCGGACCCUUCUCCUUCUACGGAGUCAUGGCUUUGGCCUUCCGCUCUCCAUCUCACACGGGUGGCCUGAACCACUCGGGCUCCAUCAGCCUGUCCGAGCGCGCUGACCACCUGGCCUUCAGCGGUAGCAACAGCCAGCUCAACAGCCCUGCCAACCCGCAGUACAUCCCCGACUUCUGCGUCAGGGCUCUCACCGACCUGCAGUAUGCCAAGAUCACACGCUCCCAGUACCAGAAUGGGCUGAUGGCGUCUCGACUAGACAGCUCCCCGCAGUCUCCAGAGAGUGGCCACGCCAGGCUGGAGUCGGCCUCCACGCCCCAGACCGAGGCGCAGGAGGCAGGGGCCGACGAGACCACCUCCCUUCUCAAUGACCAGAACCAGCUGCCCACCCACCAGACCAACCACAACGCCCACACAGACAGCAAUGUGUGAUACACACACACACACACACACACAUCGCUCUCUUCUAUCAUCCUGUCUCUGAAACAGCAGACGAGCUGAUAGACACACACACACACACACGCACAUGCACAUGCACAUGCACGCACACGCUCAGAGAGGGGUGUGUUGUAUUGUGAUAUGACUCUGACUCAUCUCUGAUGACCUAAAGGCGUAAUGGUUGGGGUAUAAAUUUGAGAAAGGGUUAAUUGAGGUUUAUAGCAUCGUCUUUUCCAUUUUAGGACUAGAUGAGCUUGAUCCAAAGAUUGUCUGUCUGUCUGUCUGUACGUGUGUGUGUGGGUGUGUGUGUGUGUGUGUGUGUGAUGAAGGCGGCGCGAAAAGAUUAUAGUCCCUGAGAAUGAGUCAGAUUGAUCAUUCCCCAUCAACCCGCUGCAGGGGUGUGCAUUUUAUAGACUGCAAUCCAGUGAUUUUUUUCUACAAAUCUAAUGUGAGAGCUGUUUAUUUUACUAUUAACUUUUCUACCAGAAGAUUGAGGAGACACUCAUGCAGGCCAACUGAUUUAAACCAGAGACAGGGCAGAGGGGAUCAUCUGCUGCAAGGGGGGUGGGAGGUCAGGUUUGGGACCAUAGACUUCAAGAGGUUUGUGCCGACUCUGUGGCAUUGUAUCGUUAAUCUGUGAAUGCACAUGUGUUGGCAUAGCCCAUUCGUGCAGAUUUUAAUUUCAUGCACAUUCACUUCAAUGAUGUGUGUGUGCGAAACACGGUUUGUUUCAGCAUGUUUGAGAAUAUUGAUUAAAUUGACGCCUGUGCUUUUCUGUACAAACGUGUUUCUGAAACCCUGUCAGGAGAAGUAGAGUAUUCUUGUCAAAGUCCAUUUUCUUUUUUUUAUUAUUUGUUUUUUUGAUUUCCUUUUUUUAUGCCAAAGACUGGCAGGGAAUCCGCCAUUGGAAUAGAGAUAGAAAAUUGUGUAACCAGUCAGUCAGGGAAAAGUUCAGGUAAACUACAUCAAAAGGGGUGGAGGGGAAGAGGGUUGACUGUCCUCAGCUUAAACUAUCUGAAGGGCCUACGGUGUUGCUUGGGUAGAUAAAUGGCUAUCCAGCCAGCAGACUUGAAAAACACCAAACAAGAUGAGACAAUACUUAGAUUAUAUAUGUACAUGUAUAUGUGUGUGUGUGUGUGUGUGUGUAUAUGUAUAUGUAUAUACAGUAUACACACAUAUAUAUAUACAGUAUAUAUAUAUAUAUAUAUAUAUGCUGUAUUUAUUUUGCAUAAAAUUCAGGUUGUAUAUUUUUUAGAAUUGUGUUUGUUAUGUAACUUGUUGUUGCACAUCUGUCUGUAUUUUAAUUGUGUUCUUCGUUAACGCAACUGUCCUACUGAGCAUUCCUGCCUGGUACUGAUUGGUUAAGAUACCCAUACCAUUGCAAAGACAGUCUCAUCACACACACACACACACACACACACACACACACACACACACCCUGAUCCUUCCAGGCCAUUUUGUAGGAUAAAAAAUGGGUAGUACGGCGACACCCUGUCAGAUUGGAGUUGAGCAGCCACUAUUUUUUAAGUUUUAACACUCAGCUUUAUCCCCGUAGUCGUUGGUAGGUUUUUUGUCAUUGCAACAGAUACAGAUGAAAAAAUUUUCAUGGAGUAUCAACAUGUGCUGUUACUGGUCUGCAUACUUCAAACCAUUCCCAUAGACCAUCGUCGUUGAUGAAAUUUGGCACUGGACACAGCAGUCAUCAAGUCAUCAAAUUACCUGAUUGACAGGUGCCACAUGACCAUGGCUCUGCGUCCCAAUCUUAUGACGCCUCACUUUUCCCCUUGCAUUGCUAACACAUCCCCAUCUCAAUUGAGUCACAAUUACUAUGUUUAGUUUCAACCGACAGACAUUUUGUUGCUGCAAUACCAAACAAAGAUGGCUGCUUUAGAGUUUCUCUCCUGCGAUUUUUUUUUUUUUUUAAAUAUAAUUUAGGUAAAUAUAUACUCUGUGGUUUGCGAGUCAUACAUAGGCCUGAACGUGACGUGACAAGAAGAGUCUGGUUUUGCACUGACUAGUUCAGGUCCCUUUUUUUUGGUGUGGUUUACAAAGCAGGCCCACGCUUAAGGAGGAACCAAAAUCCAAACUCUAUGCUUGCUUUGUGGGAAGGGGGAUUAAUUAAGCACUUUUUUGCUAUCACACACAAAGACUGAUUUGAUUUGUGCUCCUUUGUUCUUGAGCACAAUUUUAAAUUGUUUAGGGCAAUCAGUGUGGGGAGGAUUUAAAAUAAUAACCAUUUUAAUUGUAGGGGUAGACUUGAUUUGAACGGGUCAGGGGUUUUAGACAACAAAAUGAGUGUGUGUGCAACAGCUGGAUAUUAAGGAUGAAAUGAAGCAGGAUGGCUUGCUACCAAAGUCUGGCAGAAUUGCCUCAUGUUAAAUUCUUGCUUUACAGUGAGUGCAAUGUAUGAAAUUCAGUACGUUUUUAGAAAUGCUGUCUACCACAGCUUUGACAAACUUUGUUGUACCAAAUGUUAGACCAUUUUGUUUAUGUUUUGUUUUGUUAUUUCUGCACAGCUAUAUUUGGUCUGGUUCUCACUAUUGUACUCUUACAUAGCCAACAAUACAGAUGUCUACAGAAAGUUUUAUAAUGGAGCAUAUCCAUGUCUUCACAAUACUGUAAACACAUUCCACCUAAACAGAAGCUUAAAAGUCAUAAUGUGUUGUACGUUGGUGAGCUUUGUUCUGCCUUAAUGUUUUUGGUACUGUAUCGCCAUAUAGCUGUCUGGCCUGUAGUUAUGGGCCCUUAAUUGCUCAUGAUUAUUUUUUUUUAUCAUUAUAAUUUUUUGGUGUUUUGCUUGUUUUAGUUAAUGGAUCCUCUUAAAUAAUUUGUGCUAUUUAUUGGCCUAGCACUAUAGUUUUGAAAGUUUUAUAUGUUUAUGUGACUGGAAUGUUUCGGAGUUCAGUUCUAGAACCCCUGCAGCCGAUGCCAUAAUGAGGAUCAACAAAUCUGGAGCGUACAGCGGCGCUACACCGGGUUCCGCAACCAAAGUAUUCCAUUGAUGGAGCAUGUUCUGCAACAAUCAACUUCCACUUAUAUCAGUGGAACAGGCUGCACAUGCUCCAUGUAUGGAAAACUUCAGUUGCACAGCCGGUGUAGCCUUGCUGUUACAGAAUCUUACAUAUGACGUUUUUUUUUUUUAAUCAUUAUUAUUUCCAGAAUAGCUUAAUACUGAGACACUACUCACUGAAACACUCUAGCAAGACAGGAGGUUAUCACGUUAUCACAUUAUUUGCCAAUAUUUCUGUUGUGGGUGUGUUUUUUUUGUCUGGUUUCUUCAUUGUCUUGUCUCCAACUUAUGUGCUGUUUUAUGUGUGCAAUUUCAAGGAAGAAAGAACAUAUUGUAUUUUCUAUUUCCAUGGAAACAUUACUGCAGCUUGCUCCAGUUCUUUGUACUGACACUCCAUAACAGUAUGAACAUGUGCAUGUAAGUUCAUUAGCCUAAGAAAACAGAAUGUGACUGUGUGAAAAAAGCAAUGUUUUUCAUUCUUUGUGUGAGUUUGUGGAGUGACUUUUUUUUUCUUUUUUUUUUUGUAGGUGUCAAAUGUACAGUCCUCCAUUUUUCUCUCACCAGCUUUAAUUUAAAUAUGUAUAUAAUGUUUUGUAACUACUGUCUUAACCAAAUUUUGGAAUUGAGAUGUUAAUAAUAAACCUGAGAUAUAUUUCUCUAUUGGAAAGGGUUA